GAUCAAAGAAGAAUGAAGAGAAACACUUUCAAGAAAUAUUUAUGGGAAGUUUGUUUCUGAUCAGAUAACAGAUCUUUGUGAUUCUUGUCGUUGUUUAUUUUUGAAACCUUUAUUCAGAAAGUGACAUUACACUUGUGAUUGCUGGAGCUCAAACAGUGAAAAUGGAUUCACCAGUUGAAUAUGAUUAUAUUUGUCCCGUGUGUCGUGAUAUUUUCAGGGAUCCUGUUAUUUUAUCAUGUAGUCACAGUUUCUGUAAAGAGUGUCUUCAACAGUUCUGGAGAAUCAAGGAAACUCAGGAGUGUCCUGUCUGCAGGAGAAGAUCCUCAAGAUAUGAUCCUCCAUGUAAUCUUGUGUUAAAAAACUUGUGUGAGUCGUUCCUGAAGGAGAGAAAUGAGAAGUGUUCAUCAGGAUCUGAGGAGAUCUGCAGUUUACACAGUGAGAAACUCAAACUCUUCUGUCUGGAGGACAAACAGCCUGUGUGUUUAGUGUGCAGAGAUUCACAACAACAUGAAAAUCACACAUUCAGACCCAUCGGUGAAGUGGUUUCAUCAUAUAAGGAGGAGCUCAAUACAGCACUGAAGUCCUUACAAGAGAAACUGAAACACAAUGAAAACAUUAAAGGAGAGUUUGAGAAAACAGUUCAACACAUCAAGUCUCAAGCUGAGCACACAGAGCGUCAGAUUAAACAGAAGUUUGAGAAGCUUCAUCAUUUUCUCAGAGAUGAAGAAGAAGCUACAAUCACUGCACUGAGGGAGGAAGAGGAGCAGAAGAAGCAGAUGAUGAAGGAGAAGCUGGAGGAGAUGAACAGACACAUCACAGCUCUUUCACACACAAUCAAAGACAUGGAGGAGAUGAUGAAAGACAAUGACGUCUGCUUUCUGAAGAAGUUUCCAGUCUCAAUGGAAAGAGUCCAGAUCUCACAGCCGGAUCCACAGAUGCCUUCUGGAGCUUUGAUUCAUGUGUCACGUUACUUGGGCAACCUGCAGUUCAGAGUCUGGAAGAAGAUGCAGGACAUCGUCCACAACACUCCUGUGAUUCUGGAUCCAAACACAGCUCAUCCACGUCUCAUCCUGUCUGAUGAGCUGACCAGUGUGAGAUGGAGAGAGAACAAACAUUUGCUUCCUGAUAAUCCAGAGAGAUUUGACGAUUAUUACUGUGUUCUGGGUUCAGAGGGUUUUAACUCAGGAACACACUGCUGGGAUGUGGAGGUUAAAGAAAGUCAAUGCUGGAGUCUUGGAGUAACUACAGCAUCAAACCAGAGGAAGCGACAAGUUUUCUAUACUGAUGUCUGGAGUGUGCAAUAUGAUCAAUAUGGACUGUAUGAACGGCCUGGUUUUCAAGUUAAACAGAAGCUUGAUCGUGUGAGAGUUGAUCUGGACUAUGACAGAGGAACGGUGUCAUUCUCUGAUCCUGUAACUAACACACAUCUACACACAUUCACAACAACCUUCACUGACACACUCUUUGCUUUCUUUGAUAGUUUUUCUCCUCUGAGGAUCUUACCACUCAAUAGUCAGUAAACGUUAACUUACACCUGUAGGUCUGAAUCGAGCAGCUUUCAUCUUUUACAUUCAUCAAUUAGUUUUUCUAUAGCACUUUUACUACAGUUAGACCAAUUAGAGACAGUUUUAGGAUUCUUGUUCAGAUCAGGCCAAUUAUUCUUUCUUUGUUGGAAAGUGUGUCUCCUCCUCUCUGAUGCCAUCUUUUUACUCCUGAUUAGAUUGGAAACCUCUCCAGCACUCUUGAAUAAUUUAGGUGAAAGAGAGUCCGUCUUUUUAACACUACGAACCUUGAUGGAAUGAAUCAAUACUGAAUUUAU